AUGGGGGGCAUUUACAUUUUGUUUAUGUUGAAUUGUUAUGGGGGGCAUUUACAUUUUGUUUCUGCAUUGGAAGUGCUCAUAAAACAACAGGGACAGGACAAGCUGGAGAGCAUAGCAUUACUAUGGUUUCUCCAAUUUAGAGGAUUCAUUAUGUUAAGGGGUCCUUUGGUGCCAACAGUUCUAAAACCAAAAGAAGAACGAAAACCAAACUGUGAUGGUCCUGGUGCAGCUUGUUACGAUCCUCGUUUUAUAGGUGGAGAUGGGAUUGUUUUCUACUUCCAUGGCAAAAAAGAUGAGCAUUUCAGCCUAAUUUCGGAUGUCACUGUUCAAAUAAAUGCUCGUUUCAUUGGCCUUCGUCCUGCAGGCAGGGCGCGGGAUUUUACAUGGAUCCAAGCUUUAGGUCUCAUGUUUGGCUCACAUAACUUCACACUUGAAGCAACCAAGGCAGAAAAUUGGGAUCAAGAAGUUGAUCACUUGAAAUGCACUUAUGACGGGAUGAGCUUUAGUGUUCUAAUAGGCCAUUCAUCGGUAUGGAGUUCCCCAGACCAAAACCUUGAACUCGAAAGGACCUCAGCAACAAAUAGUGUAAGAGUUACAAUUCAAGAAAUAGUGGAAAUCUCAGCCAAUGUUGUACCCGUGACAGGAAAAGAGGACGCGAUCCAUAGUUAUGGUAGACCUAAAAAUGAUAGCUUUGCUCACUUAGAAGUGCAAUUCAGGUUCUUUGAUUUGUCCCCAAAAGUCGAAGGCAUUCUUGGCAGGACUUACCAGCCAAGUUUCAAGAAUCCAGCCAAGGCAGGUGUCGAUAUGGCAGUUGUUGGUGGUGAUAACAAGUACAAGACUAGUUCACUUCUAUCAGCUGACUGCAACUCCUGUUCUGUUUUCACUCCUGGAAAAAUGGUUGCUGGGAGAGCUUUGCCAAUGGACUUUGGUUCUCUUGAUUGUACUGGUGGAAAUGGAAUUGUCUGCAAGAAAUGAUCAUUUGAUCCUAGUAAUAACAUGUUCAAACAAAGGAAGCAAAGAAUAAUUCAAAUCCCUAUAGUCGCAGCUUGUAUCAGCAUUGUUUGUUCUCAAAUCUCAUGAAUCUGCCCUGUUUAUCUAUGUUAAAUCUUGUUUGCUUCUUUUAAAGGGAAAAGAAAAAUUGAA